CUCUCUCCUCGUGCAUGCACUACUACACUAGUGUUCUGCUUUUUCACAGUUUUACAGUUAUACUCCUUUUCUUCCUUUCCCAUUUCUCUCUCUCUCUCUCUCUCUCUCUCUCUUUGCAUGGAGAUUUUUUCUUAAUUGCCUCCACCAAUUCACAACUUUUCCUACGGCCCAAAUUUCACCCCCACCGCCUCCCCCUCCACCUCUUACCACCGCCCAGUAGCCUUCACGUAUAGUAAUUCCUUGAUUUUACUGCUCUAUCCCGUUUGAUUGCUUGUUUCUCGAGUACACGCGUUAUAAUUUUGCUGUACGGAGUAGUUGGUUUGGUUCCUUUUUCUGGGCUUUCUGUCAAAGGUUUGUUCUUUUUGUUGUUUUUGUGUUGAAUCAUGACAGCUUCUGGAGGUUUAUUAGGGAUUUAUGAGAAUUGGGCGCAACCAAAAUAUCUGCCGGAAACUCAGUAGCUUUCACGGAUUGGUGAGAAUUGGGGCGAGGAAUGGGUUCGAAGGAGUGCAUGAAUGGGCUUUGCAGGGCCAAUUCAUUGGUCCAGUGGAAGAAAGGAUGGCCACUGCGAUCUGGUGAACUUUCCACACUCUGUAUUACAUGCGGGACUGCUUAUGAACAACUAGUCUUCUGCGAUGUGUUCCACUCAAAUGACACCGGUUGGAGGGAGUGCAGUUCUUGUGGAAAGCGCCUUCACUGUGGAUGUAUUGCUUCUAGCUCUCUGCUUGAACUGCUCGAGAGUGGUGGCGUGAGUUGCAUCAGCUGUGUGAAAAGUUCUCAACUUCACAACACGCUAACUCAAGAGAAAGAUAAAGGAUGUACUGCAAAUAGUCUAGGAGAAGAACAUUCAACAUCGGGGGGAAGUCAAAUGAAUGGUUGUAACAUCGAGAAAACAACAAAUAUGCAGUUUGAUGAUGGUUCCGAAAGUCUUUCUCGUAAACCUUCUCUUCCAUCCCAAUAUGAUACUAGAAGCAACCCACUUUGCCAAAUAAAACUGGAAGAAGCUUUUAAUCCUACCGGGGAAGGUGGAAGCACGUGCCCGUUAAACUUCAACCAAGGAUUAUUUGAAUCGUCUCAACCCUCCAAAUCCAAACUAUAUAAUACACAUAUAGGGGCAAAGGAAGUGCCUGGAUCCCCGGUUCAAACCAACUUAAGUAUAUCACUGUCUGUUCCUUCAGGCAACGCAAAUAUUGGUGGUGAGACAGUAGUUGAAGAACGGGAAUUGGGCAAGAUGAUUUCUUCCUUUGCACAAGGGUCUAGGUCUCGCCAUAUUGUUCCCAAACCGCCAAAAUCCUCCUUUGCUGCUGGAUUGGAGACAACUGCUAGCAUGGUUCCACAGAUACGUGUUGCUAGGCCACCUGUCGAAGGAAGGAUAAAGAAUCAGUUGCUUCCACGUUACUGGCCCAGGAUAACGGAUCAGGAAUUGCAGCAAAUAUCGGGAGACUCAAAUUCCACCAUUGUACCUUUAUUUGAAAAGGUCUUGAGUGCUAGUGAUGCUGGUCGAAUUGGACGUUUGGUACUUCCAAAAGCAUGUGCCGAAGCAUAUUUUCCGCCAAUUUCUCAACCAGAAGGCCUCCCUCUAAGGAUUCAGGAUAUAAAGGGGAAGGAAUGGGUGUUCCAGUUCAGAUUUUGGCCAAAUAAUAAUAGCAGAAUGUAUGUUUUAGAGGGAGUAACCCCCUGCAUACAGUCCAUGCAAUUACAAGCGGGAGAUACUGUAAUUUUCAGUCGGAUGGAUCCCGAAGGAAAGCUUUUAAUGGGGUUCAGAAAAGCAUCAAAUGCUAUCCCAGCUCAGGAUGCAAACUUAGGUGUCAUACCUUGUGGUGCCUUCUCAAACGAAACUUUCUUCUCAGCUGUCACGGAGAGCGUACCUAUAAUGAGUGGCUAUUCUGGCAUGCUUCAAUCCUUCAGAGGAAGCAGAGAGGCUUCUCUGAACGCAUCGUCUAAACAUUUAAGUGGCGGGGAUUUGAGCUGGUACUUAAAUGAGAAGAUCGGCAACAAGAACGGGGAUGGUCCACAUUCCCUAUCACUCAUGACUUCAGAACGCAAAAGAAGUCGAAAUUUAGGUUCAAAAAGUAAGAGGUUGCUUAUGGACCGGCAAGAUGCUUUGGAGUUGAAGCUUUCCUGGGAAGAGAUACAAGAUAUGCUCCGUCCACCUCUCAGUGCUAGGCUGAGUACUGUUAUGAUUGAGGACCACGAAUUUGAAGAAUAUGAAGAACCGCCUGUUUUUGCAAAGAGAAGUAUAUUUACUGUCCGCUUAUCCGGGGAGCAGGAACAAUGGGCUCAAUGUGAUAAUUGCUUCAAAUGGAGAAGGCUUCCAGCUGAGUAUCUUCUACCACCUCAGUGGACAUGUCGGGACAAUAUUUGGGAUGUUGGCAGGUGCUCAUGUUCUGCGUCAGAUGAGUUAGCACCCCAAGAGCUUGAAUGUCUUCUCAAAAUGGAUAAAGACUUGAAGAAACGAAGAAAUGCUACAAGCCACAAGUCAGUAAACACAAAGGGUUCUUGUGAUGUGGAUGCUCAGGCAAACGGUGGAGGUCCUCGAGAUGAUGUGCAGGAGCCUGGGUCUUCCUCGGUGGCGACAACCACUAAACACCCUAGGCAUCGCCCUGGCUGCUCUUGCAUUGUAUGCAUCCAACCUCCCAGCGGGAAGGGCAAGCACAAGCCUUCGUGUUCGUGCAAUGUUUGCAUGACUGUGAAACGCCGUUUCAAGACACUAAUGAUGCGCAAGAAGAAACGCCAAUCAGAACGGGAAGCAGAACUUGCCCAGAGGAAUCAGUUCGUGUGGGGUGCCAAGGAGGAGGCAGAGGUGGACAGUAUUCCUCGACAAGUGAAAGUGCAGCUGCAUCUUUCGGAGAAAGAAAGAUCGGGGAGUGACUUACAACCGAGUGGUGGGCAAAGUAGCGAUCAGCUUCACAAGAUUCCCGAAUCGGGAUCAGGGAAAGCGCCAUUAGACUUGAACUGUCACCCGGACAGAGAAGUUGCAGGUUCAUCGUCCCGUGUUAGUAUGGUGAGUCUUCUUCAACGAGCCAGCUUGCCUCUCGAGAAUUAUCUAAAGCAGAAUGGUCUAAUGAGCCUGGCUUCUGAGCAACAAGGAAGCUCGGGAUCACAGGCGGUGGUUCCCCAAGAUGCUGGAGAGAACGAGGUACAAGCUCACGAGGAUCAGUGUAAUGCUACUGCAGUUGAAGAACAUGACAGCGAUUUUUGUGACGAACUUUCUGAACGAGACGAAUCCGCAAAAGAGCCUUAAUCAAGAAUUCCCAUUAUCUGAAUAUACUUUUCAUGCUCGCGCCACCACACUGAACCAAACAGCAACUUGGUCUGUCAUUUUCUCGUAUUUGUUGAUUCCUUUUAUAGCUAGGCAGGCUUAAUUCUACCAAGUAGUUUGAUCAUACAGAUUGCACCUCAAGUUAUACACCUAAAGAUACUAUCAAAGGGAUGGUUGUAUUGAUAAUUUAACAUACAUGAAGGUAUUUGAUUUUACUGAAACUU